GCUGGCGGGUCGCGGCCGCCCCGGCUCCAAGAUGGCGCAGGCGAUCUUCGAGGCGCUGGAAGUUGCGCUUCAGUCCGCUGUCCCGCCACUUUGCGGGAGGGGACGCCCCUGCCGAAGGGCCUCGCAUCUUGGUCCACUCGUCUCUGCUUUGCCAGCAGCCCCCGAGAGCAGAGCGGCGGAAAGAUGAGCGAGGAGCAGCGUUUCUCUCCGUUUUGUUAGCUUGCUUCGUGCACGUGGCAGCACUUUGUGGGGAGCCAGGUCCCCUCUUUCCUCCUUGCAGUCGGCUCCUCACUGCACGCGAUUCCUCAUAGGAGUCAGGAGAGCGACGCAUUUUGGCAAAUCAAAAUAAACUCCACUUUUUUCUUAAGCCCACAAAAAGCGGCAGCUUUUCGUGGCUGAUUUUCUUCCUUUUUGUUCUGUUUUUUCUUCUUAACUGAUUCGAUUUCAAGGUGGCGGUGACUUGGCUCGUGUCCUCUGCACGCGCUGGGGGGCAGCGGGGCAUCUUCACGUCUGCCACGGGGCGCCCGGUGCUCGUGGCGGCCGAAAAGUGGCCAGGGGCAUGAAACUCAGAGCGCAAGGGAGAGUAAAACCCGGGUGAAAGGGAGCAGUUUUGUUUUGCUGUCUGAACCAAGAGAACUGUGAGGAGUAAACAAAAUAGCACAAAUGGACAGCCUCGCACGUUUAUCGUCGUUUUCCGAGAUCUCUGUGUUUUCGUCAGGUGCUGGGGAAAGCACGCUGCCAGUAAGGAGAGAAGCAUUGGCUUUUCUUCUAGGUUUUGUGGCUAUGAAGAAUGUCGUACGGACUCAAGCAGGCUCUGAUCAGUGCAGACUGCUCCAAAGCUUUCUGAUUGAGUCUAUGCAUGGCCUUGAAUGGCAUCAAGGAACUGUCCCUGCUUUAAUUCAUUGGUUACCAAACCCCAAACUUCUCGAUUCCCCUCUGUAUUAAACGUGUAAUUGUCCGUUUAACUUGUGAAAUUGCAGUGACUCAGUGGGCAAAUUUGGUAGCCGCUUGUGCAAAAUGCCAGAUGCAUAAAGAGCAACGUAUUUCUGUUGUCGUGGGCCGUCUGGUCGCUGCAGGAUGCUAAAUGCUGCAUCGGCGUUGCUGUUGCUGCGUUACCUGUCUGCUGCUGGUCUUGGUCGCUCCUCAAGCCUCUUCCAGUUGGAAACUGGAAGUACUUACAGCAGGAUUGAGGCUGUAAUGUGGCUUUUUUGCUCUAAAGAUCCAGCUACUUGCCGCGAAGAAACUCAGUGGUCUAGUGCACGCGUGGUGUUCUUGGUGCGAACAGUGGGAAGACUUCAGCGUUUUCAUUUUCAGUGUUUUUAAUUCUGACCGCAAAUUAUUAAGACCAAGUUUUUGAUUCCCAGUUUUCUGUCACGUCCAGCUUCCCCGUGACUGCUGGAAAGGGCUCCUCCGCUCCGCUCUCCAGUUGGGGUGCGCUAACCAGAGCCUGCGGUAUCGCAUUUGCAGUUGACCUGGGGAAUAUCUGUGAGUAAGGACGGUCUAUUUUAAAGCAGAGCUUUAGCAGGGCUGAGCAGAGCGGCUGAGGAGCGCACCUGCAGUGUCCGCCGCUUGGCCCGCGCGGCGGCAGCGAUUGCAGCCCUUUGCGUGAGCGACGGGGUCCGCAGUGGGCCUUGCUUCGUGGCAGCUGCAGAACUGCACUCUGCCAUCUCCCUCGCUGGGGACACGCAGUGUUUGUGACCUUUCCUUGGUGGAUGCUGGAUGGAAAGGGUGUUUGUGGAGUCUUGCUGUUUGCUUCAUGCUGGAGAUACAGGAGAAAGGAGAAAUCCACAGUAUUUUACUGUGUGCUCCCCUUUGGGGAAGUCACAUCCCCAUGUCCAGGAGAAAUUUAAAAACUUGCACCUUGCAGGCAUUGAGGCAUGGAUAAUCAGACAGUGCUGGCUGUGCAGUCCUUGCUGGAUGGUCAAGGAGGGGUGAACGAUCCGUCCGCUCAAAAUGUCAACUCAUCCGCCACCAUCCAGUCCAUGGAUGAUGAAGAUGUGUUCCUGUGUGGGAAGUGUAAGAAGCAGUUCAACUCAUUGCCUGCGUUCAUGACUCACAAGAGAGAGCAGUGCCAGGGAAACACCCCUUCCCUCUCCACUGUCUCCCUGGCCACCAACAGCGUGUACACCCCAUCCAUCACAUCGGUGCAGCAGGCUCCGAGCGCCAGCCGGCAGCAAAUUUCUACAUACAUCACAGUUCCUCCGUCUCCUUUGAUUCAGACCCUCGUGCAGGGGAACAUCUUAGUUAGCGAUGAGGUGCUGAUGUCGGCCAUGUCUGCUUUUACAUCCUUGGACCAACCGAUGCCAACGGUGCAGCCCCCGGCACAGAACAGCUUGAGUAUGCACGCUGGGGCUGGCUAUCUCUCCCAGCCCCCUCCGCCACCGCCGCCCCCCCCGCCCCCCCCUCCUCAGCCACCGCCACCUCCCCCGCCGAGCCUGGGGGCUCCAGGGCAGCCCAGCACCGGGGGCGGCGGCGUGGUCGAAGUGUACAGCACGCCUGCCCCAAUGGCAGCAAACAGCUCGGUGGAGAUUCAGACACUGGGGAUGCAGCCCUAUCCGCCCAUAGAGGUACCGAGCCAGUGUGUGGAAAGUCCUGUGUAUCCCUCUCCUCCUGUGUACAGCCCUGGGAAGCAGGGAUUCAAAUCCAAGAGUACCAGCACUCCCACACCUUUGGCCAGUGCAGGAGGAGGCAAUGUGGUUGGCUUUGAUUCUGCCUCUGCUGCCAAAAGUAGGCGCUCCAAAACCGAGAGCGGGCUGCAUGAAGGGAAACCCAAGUCCCCCAAGCUGAAAUGCACUUACUGUGACAAGGCCUUUACCAAGAACUUUGACCUGCAGCAGCACAUCAGAAGUCACACAGGUGAGAAGCCGUUCCAGUGCAUUGUGUGUGGCCGAGCCUUUGCCCAGAAGUCCAACGUGAAGAAGCAUAUGCAGACCCAUAAAGUGUGGCCUCCAGGGCUGGGAUGCACCAUCUCCCGCAACUCCAUCACGGUGCAGGUCAUGGCCUUGAAUCCCAACCAGCCGGAGGACGAGGAGAACACAGGUUUGACUCAGCCCUCAAGGAACCCAGUGCAACCACCCCAAGACAUGGUCCCCAUGGAGGAGAGCGAGGCGGGCAAGCUGGAAGCCAAGCAGGUUGUCUUGAUCGAUAGCUCUUACCAAUGCCAGUUCUGCCCCAACAAAUUCAACACCUACUUCCAGCUCAAAUCGCACAUGACACAGCACAAGAAUGAGCAGGUGUACAAGUGUGUGGUGAAAAGCUGCGCUCAGACCUUCCAGAAGCUGGAGUCCUUCCUUGAGCACAUCAAGAGCCACCAGGAGGAGCUGAGUUAUCGCUGCCACCUCUGCAGCAAGGACUUCCCCUCCCUGUAUGAGCUGGGUGUCCACCAGUACUCCCACAGCCUGCUGCCCCAGCAUAGCCCAAAGAAGGAUGUGGCCGUGUACAAAUGUGUGAAGUGUGUAAAUAAGUACUCCACCCCGGAAGCCCUGGAGCACCAUCUGCAGACAGCAACGCACAACUUUCCCUGCCCUCAUUGCCAGAAGGUGUUCCCCUGUGAGAGGUAUCUGCGCCGACACAUCCCCACGCAUGGUGGGGGCAGCAAAUUCAAGUGCCAGAUCUGCAAGAAGUUCUUUCGCCGGGAGCACUACCUCAAGCUGCACGCCCACAUCCACUCGGGAGAGAAGCCCUUUAAGUGCUCAGUGUGUGAUGCAGCCUUCAAUCGGAAAGAUAAACUCAAGCGGCAUAUGCUGAUUCACGAGCCUUUCAAGAAGUAUAAAUGUCCCUUCUCAAGCCACACAGGCUGCAGUAAAGAGUUUAACAGGCCUGACAAGCUGAAGGCUCACAUACUGUCCCAUUCAGGGAUGAAGAUCCACAAGUGCCAGUACUGUAACAAGUCCUUCAGCCGACGAGCCCACAUGAUGGAACAUCAGCGCUCGCACACCGGCAACUACAAGUACCGCUGCCCCACCUGCAGCAAAGGUUUCACGCGCCACAAGUACAUGAAGGACCACAAGUGCCGGCUGGGCUCACCCAAGGACAAAGACCUGCAGCUCAGGAAGCCCCAGAAGAAGCGGGUGGCACGAGGGCGCAAGGCAGGCCUUUCCCUCCCCAACCAGCUGGCCCUGGCAGAGCUGAAGGACGGUGCCACUGGGGAAAGCUCCCGGGAGGGCGGCCCGAACAAAGAACAGUUCCAGGAGUCAGAUGCCGUCCUGUCCAUCGUGGUGGGGGGGUCAGGAGCUGCUGAAUCGGAUCUUGUCGUUCCCGGGCAGCCCAGCAGCAUUGCGUCCAAUUUGGCCCUAGCAGAGUUGCAGACUGCCUCGGAUGGCCCCUGCACCAUGCUGGCUGUCCCUGUUUACAUCCAAACAGCUGAGUGAUGAUGUGUAGGGCCACUGUGUGGCUGGGGCCUGCUGCUGGGGUGUCAGACUGUGCUGAAAAUUAUCACAGUGAAAAAGACCAAAGCUCUUGUUGGGAGGUAGAUGGAUAUGAGAGAGAGUGGCUUUCAUUUCCACUUGUUCUUCCCUUCCUUGGGCAAAGGACUGCUUGGAAGCCAUUGAUGGCUAGAAGGCACUGAAGGGAAUAGCUCCAUAUUAUCUUGUCCUUCUACAUCACUGGUCAGCCUAGGGCAAGAAGGACUAAGAUCCCUGAAUCAGGGUGAGAAGAAGGAGCGUACCGCCUCACAACAAACAGAGCUGCUGAAACCAGAUGGCUUUGCAAAUCACAGCCUAUCCCAUCUGUGGUUUUUCUGGCCUAAAAUCUGUAUUGCCCAGUAUUUGGGUGGCCUUUCCAAGAGUAAACAAAUGAUCCUUCCUAGUGGAAGCAAGUUCAUCCUGAGGUCCUUUGGGAACACUGUUCAGAAAUACCCUGAAUGACACGUCUGGUAUCUUUCUCUUCUCUGACUCGAUCAGUAGAAAGAUUGCCUUGUCUGUACUACCUGUGUUACAAACACCAUGGAGCUGAAGUGCUGUGUGGAGUUGGGAGCAGCUACGUGUUGUGUUGGCGGUGCCAGGUCUGAGUGCGUGUGUGUGUUGGAUCUUCUGUCUGCUUGGUGUUCUCUCUACAGUGUUUGCUCUUUUCUGUUUUUUCUUCAUAUCCAAGGAUCUUGAAGUGCCUUAGACACCAAGAAGUCAGUUCUCAUAAGCGGUAAACGUGACACCUCCUUUCUUGACACCUCCUCUGUACAGCAGCGGAAACUAAGGCAUGGAGGUGAUCUGUCCAGGGUCACACAGGAGACUUGGGAUGCAUCUAGGAACCAAUCUUCUAAUACCAGUGCUUCAGGGUACUUCUGUACAUGUCCUCUUCUCUGUUAGCUGCUUCCCAGCCUGCAGAUUUCCUUAGCUCAGUUUUAUGGGCCAGUUGUUAGGGUUUCAGUGAACCACUGGCUAGUGGGCAGUCAGCGUAGUCAGGGAGUGGGAAAGCCCUGUGUCUCUGGGACAGUUUCUGUUGUGCACUCAGCUUCUUUCUGUGACUUCCCAAGCAGGAGUCCCUCCCUAUUCCUUUCCCUCUAGAUUCCAAGUAGUGUCUCGUUUUGGCAACUUAUUUUUCCUCUGUUUUUCCAGAACUGGAAGGGGUGAAAAAGCAAUGCCAGCAAUCUUGCCCAUACAGUGAGGACUGUGUGAGGGAAAGGCACAGGAGAGCUCUCCACCCUGCUUACAUCCAGUUCAAGCUCAGUCAUUGACACUUAAUCAGUGGGAGCGCUGAUGGUCUGUGUCACCCCAAGAGACCACAGGAGAAAUCGUCUGCUCCGUCUCCCUGUUGUGCCAAAGGUGCCUGUUGCCCCAUGCUGUAAGAGAGCUUUUCCUAACUCUGCUGUCCUUUCUCACUGAAGCUUUCUGUGAUCCCUUGCUGGCCCAGGGAGUCUUGGUGCACAGGCACGUUGAACUUGAGGCGCCUAAUAGGAGGGAACUGAAAAAUACCAUCGUGUAGUGCUGGUAAAGGAGCUACACCGGCAGGUCUGGUGUCCUAGGUAGGUAGGAUAGCUGUCGAGUAUGCUGUUCCCUUCUCUGCUGGGCUCCCUAUUCCUUCUCGCUCUGCUCUCAGCCUCCGGGUUUAUUUUGCGACGGGAGGGUCUCGAUUGUUGGGAAAGGGGACUCGACCAGGCUGGAGAACAUUGCUGCCACCUCCCGCUCCAGUCAGGACACGCUGUCCCUGUGUUUGCUCUCCACUGCUUUCUUCCCACUCCGUGUAUAGAUCAGCUGAGCUGAGCUUGCCUUUCUUGGUAGCUUUUGUCUGAUGAUAUACUGAAUGGCCUGGAGAUUCAGGAGGCUGCAUUUGCAGUUGCCUUCUCCUGUGGCAGUGCAAGGCAGAGUGUGGGCUGGGUCAGUUCUGGGUACUGAAGCCCUGGCUGUGUAUUCCCACCUUCCCUCCUGCUGUCACAUCUGGGGAGCUGUGUGUGUCUCUGGCGGCUGGAGCAGUCAGCCCAGCACUACUGCUCUGACUGGUCUCACCCUGAUGCCCGUCCACAAGCUCCCUGAGCUCCCUCAAAGUGCUCUUCCUGGCUCCUUGCAGUGCACUUUGCUCAAAUCUAGUAAUAGCAAUCUGCAGGGACAGAGUGCGCUGUUGUCUUGCCCGUUGUAGACAUCUGCCUCCUGAUGGCAUGUUCUUCCAGACUGCAUCCAGCCUAAUGAUAAGUUAUGGUCCUAAGACCACUGUCACCCCUGGAAGGUGAUCACACAGUCCCUGUCAGGAUGGUUCCCAUCACCAAUUCUCUCUGCUCAGUUCCAUCUUCUUAACCCCUCCUAACUCACUUUUUGCUUGUUUCACUAUUUUCUGAUGUUUCUGUACUUCCAGCCAUUGGCAUUUGUUAGGAAAUGGAGCACAGGACUUAGGAGGAAAGGCUGAGAGAACUGGGUUUGUUCAGUCUUAAGAAGAAGUUAAGGGGAGGUCUUAUUGCUAUCUUCACCAGCAAUGGGAGACUGUAGAGAAGAUGGAGCCAGGCUCUUCUCAGAGGUGCACAGGGACAGGACAGGAGGCAACGGGGGCUGACUGGAACGUGGGAAAUUCUGAUUCAAUGUAAAGAAACAAAAAAGCUCUACCAAGAGGGUGGUGAAACACUGGAACGAGGGCACAGGGAGGCUGUGAGAUCUCCAUCCUUGACGAUAUUCAGAAGUCAACGAGAGCAUCGUGCUCUGCCUGGACCUGCACAGAGGCCUCCAGAGAGCCUUCUUACCUAUGUGCUUCUGUGAAAUUUCUUGUCUGCUUUGAAGGGCAUUUUUUUUGCCCACAAUAUUUGUUUUACGUAUUUGGCUCUCAUGGGAGGGGAACAGUCACCAGGAAAUGGUUUGCUAAAUACACUUUUUCUAUUUUUCUCUCCUCUGUA